CUCAGGCUCACUCUCAGUCUCACUGCCAACUCGUUAUAGCCACCCUCUCGCUUCUACAUAUCACGUAUACAAAGAUGUCAUGGGAAGUCCGCAUGUCCAGCUCGCGCAAGGUGCCCUACUACUAUAACACCCAGAACGGGCAGUCCAUAUGGGACCCGCCCACGGAGCUCACCCAGGAGGAGCUGCACGCGCUGCCCGGUGCGAAAAAGUAUUUGCUCGGUGAGGGUGGGCGACCUGCGCAAGUGCGUGCUAGCCAUCUGCUGGUGAAGCACAGCGGGAGCCGGAGGCCGAGCAGCUGGAAGGAGGCGAAGAUUACGCGCUCCAAGGAGGAAGCCCUUGAGAUUCUCAAGGGCUACGCUGCUGAGAUUGAUGGCUCGCCGGAGAAGUUCGGGGAGCUCGCCAGCGUACACUCUGACUGCUCUUCCCAUGCAAACAACGGUGACCUCGGCUCAUUCGGACCUGGACAAAUGCAAAAGCCGUUUGAGGAGGCUACCUACGCUCUGAAAGUAGGUCAGAUUAGCGACAUCGUGAGCACGGACAGCGGUGUCCACCUCAUCUUGAGGACGGGGUGAUGUCACGCAGAUGGACAGUCCUGAUUGGACGGAGAACCUUUUGUUGUAGAGUAUCGGACCGCAGGAAUGUCGAACCGAAGGGCAAGUCAACCUCCUAAGCAUGC